GUUCAAAACCUUAACUCACUGUUUUUUCAGCUUUCAUCUGCUUCAAAAUUCCGCAAGCAGCCGAAGGUUUUUGAUACAUCUUUGAAGAGUAACGAAGUGAGCUUAUUCAGGGCAGGUGAUCAGUGAAACUCUGGGAGUUGCAGAGGCGGCGGAGGACAGAGAAAAUGGCCGGAGCCAGCGGAGGAAGGUCGCUGGAGCAAACGCCGACGUGGGCUGUCGCCGUCGUCUGUUUUGUUCUGGUGGCGAUUUCUAUCGUCAUCGAGCACAUCAUCCAUUUAAUCGGAAAGUGGUUAAAGUCGAAACACAAAAGAGCUCUAUAUGAAGCUCUUGAAAAGCUGAAAUCAGAGUUGAUGCUGCUGGGAUUCAUAUCCUUGCUGCUGACAGUAGGGCAGGGUCCAAUCUCGGACAUAUGUAUAUCGAAAGCAGUCGGCGCCACGUGGCACCCAUGCAGCAAGAAGCAAGAGGGAAAGAAGUAUCCGGCGGAAGAGGAUCUUGGAGAGGACAACCGCCGGAAACUUCUCAUGGUGGAGGAGGAUGGCGGCGGCAGCUUUCGGCGAAUCUUGGCGGCUGGCGGAACUGACAAAUGCGCAGCCAAGGGUAAAGUUCCGUUUGUGUCCUCGGACGGCAUCCAUCAGCUCCAUAUUUUCAUCUUCGUGUUGGCUGUUUUUCAUGUCCUAUAUUGUAUUCUCACCAUGGCCUUGGGAGGAGCUAAGAUGAGAAAAUGGAAAGCGUGGGAAAAAGAAACAAGAACAGCUGAGUACCAAUUUUCACACGAUCCGGAGAGAUUUAGGUUUGCGAGAGAAACAUCGUUCGGGAGAAGGCACUUGAGCUUCUGGAGCAAAACGCCUCUUCUACUUUGGAUUGUCUGUUUCUUUAGACAAUUCGUGAGAUCUGUUCCUAAAGUCGAUUAUUUGACUCUACGGCAUGGAUUUAUUAUGGCACACCUCGCGCCCCAAAGCCAUGCGAGCUUUGAUUUUCAGAAGUACAUCAGAAGAUCACUCGAAGAGGACUUCAAAGUGGUUGUUGGUAUUAGUCCACCAAUUUGGUUUUUCGCCGUGUUGUUCCUGCUCUUCAAUACUCACGGAUGGUAUUCCUAUCUUUGGCUACCAUUCGUCCCGUUGAUUAUAAUAUUGCUGGUAGGGACGAAACUGCAAGUAAUAAUUACAAAAAUGGGUCUGAGGAUUCAAGAGCGAGGAGAGGUCGUUAAAGGCGUGCCGGUGGUUCAGCCCGGCGACGAUCUUUUCUGGUUCAAUCGUCCGCGACUCAUUCUCUACCUCAUUAAUUUUGUGCUUUUCCAGAAUGCUUUUCAACUGGCCUUCUUUGCCUGGACUUGGUACGAGUUCGGGUUGAAAUCUUGCUUCCAUGAACAUGUGGAGGAUAUCGUGAUCAGAAUCACAAUGGGGGUUCUCAUACAAAUACUCUGCAGCUAUGUCACUCUCCCUCUUUAUGCCCUUGUCACUCAGAUGGGAUCGACCAUGAAACCAACCAUAUUCAACGAACGAGUGGCGACCGCCCUAAGAAACUGGCACCACACAGCCAAGAAGCACAUCAAACAAAACAAGCAUUCCGCCCCAACAACACCUAUGUCCAGCCAUCCGGCCACCCCAUCCCACGGCAUGUCGCCUAUCCAUCUCCUACGCCACUACAAGAGUGAAAUGACCGAUAGUCUCCAAACCUCUCCAAGAAAGUCCAACUACGACAUGGACAAUUGGGAGUCGGAGUCCCCCUCUCCCACCCGGUUCCAUGGCCAGGGCGACGCCUUUCACCAUAACCUCGAGCUAGGCUACAUGGAGCACAGGGUGGAGCUUGGCCAGCACGAGCCGAGCUCCUCCCAAGUCGUGCCGAUGCCACAACCACCACGUGACCAACACGAGAUCAAUAUUGGUAUGCCGAAGGACUUCUCGUUUGACAAGAGAGCCAGUAUAUAACUAAAAUUUGAAAUUUGUGUCCAGUUCUAACAAAGUGAUGGUUGAAGGUGGAGAAAUCGGUACAUGUUCUUACCGAUUUUCUUGAGAAAAAUCUGCCGGAAAAUUGAGGUGUAGGAGAGGUUUUUGUUUCGUUUUAAUUUCUUCAUCAAACUUCAAUUAUAUAUGUGCAUGCCUGUGAAAAGGAAUCGGUCAGUGUAAUGACAAACUAUGACUUUCCUAUCAUGGGAAGAUGAAUUGUAAUAUUGUGUAUAUAUAUAUAUACAUCGAUCAAAUGAAGGAAUUGGAUUUUUCACGCAA